CGAAGCUCCAAGAUAUCUGAGGAUCGGGAUUAAAAAAAAAAAAAAAAAAAAAAAGCGAAAGGGGUUUAGCGAAGAGGGAAGCAGAGGCGGGGGAAGAAAAGUUGGAAAGCUACCCGCAGCAGCACAGCAGCACGAGGCUGGGCCACCGGGCAGAGGUGGACAACCCAGACUCAGUAACCGGUUCUGAAAGAAAUCUGAACCGUGAGCCUUGUAGGUGUUGGGACAGCACCGCGGUGUUAGCCUUGCUCAGCUAAGAAGAGUCCGGAGGCAGGCGCUAGCUCUGUCCCUACCGCUCUUAACUGGGUCCGGUGUGUGGCCGCGACUCCUCAGGUUUUCUGGGUAGAGCGGCUAGAGCCAGUGGCCAGGGUCCCCCAGAUCUGCCAUUCUUACGACCUCAUUUAGAGGUAAAUGAGAAAGUGAGAAAGGUAGAAGAAAAGGAAGUCAAGAAGAAAAUGAGAGACAGGAAAGAGGAGGGAGAGAGAGAGAGAGAGAGAGAGAGAGAGAGAGAGAGAGAGAGAGAGAGAGAGAGAGAGUUCUUCUUUCUCGGGUGACCUCAGGUUUCGCCUUCCUCUUUGUGGUAGUGUACUGAGGAACCGCGCCUCCCCGCCUGGUGGGAUUCAGCGUCCUUUUAUUCCUAACAGGCGGGAUUAUGUUCAACUCCAGGGCGUUGAACUAUCCUAAAGAGAACGUCGCCCAUAGUAAACAUAGCACUGGCGGAGCUAGAGCCGCGGUGGAAAUAGCUCUGGGUAUAUACAUAGAGGAAUUAUCCUAAUCAGUGUGGUGCUAGUUCUUUGGUUAUGAAUAACAUAAAGGGCUAAGUGGAAAAUGAGGGAGGGCUAGGCGGGGAAGGGAGUGGAGAAGAGUAAAAGUGGGAAGGGAGAAGAGAAAUGGGGAGGGAGAGGAAAAAAGGAAAGGGGGAGAGGGAAAAAAUAGGAGGGAAGGUGAGAGAAGGGCCGGAAGGGGGGUAGGAGAAAGAGGAGAGGAGAGUAGGCUUGGGGUGGGGGGUGGAGAGGAGAGAGAGUGACUUGCUCCUGGCUGCCCAAAUUUUCAUCUGGAAAGCCCCGCGAACCGGCACCCAACGUGGUAGAAGGAGCCUAUUUCAGUCUGGACUACGGUUGAAGUUUAACAGAAAUGGCAGUCAGGCCAGUUGGACGGGUUCCUGAUACAUCCCAAAAGAUUUUUCUGUUGCCCCUGGCUUUGCCUGGAAAGGAUACGUUUAGUGUGCUUGAAGACCAAUCACAUAGAUUUUUAAAUCUGGGUUUUAAAAUUUUCAGUCUGUAAGCACUAAAGAGAAAAAGGCUGCAUUGUGUUCCAAAAGUCCCCAUCUCUCCUACGUUCUUCGAAAACAAAAACAAACAAACAAAAAAACUAAAACAAAACAAAAAAACAAAAACAAAAAACCCCACAACUUGGUCUUCUACAUUCAGAAAAAGUAGGGGUAGACCGCAGUAAACACACGUAAACAAACAGGCCCACCCAUUUUACUCUCCCCCCCCCCUCCGCCCCACCAGAUAAUCAGGCAGUGCCUUUCUAGUUUGCUUUUUAAAUCUACACACCAAGCACCCAAGACUACCACCUCCUCCCCGUUGGGAAAGUUUUCCUCUCUAUCCAAGAACACCUACAUUCUCUGGGAGACCCCAGCACACCGCCGAAUCCAAAGAGCAGAGACUGCCUUACAAGAGCCAGAGAGAGUGUCCCCGCUCAGUUAAUUGAAGUUCUGCCUCUUUCCUGCACAACUUUCCCCCAAGUCUGCCUCUGCCAGCCCCCUUGUGUGAUUACAUCUAGUAAUUCUCCACUGAAUGAACGUCAUUUACAAUAGUGGAGGAGCUCUGAGCUCGCUGCUGCUUCACGCUCCAUUUGUCCUCCAUUCUCCCUUUAAAGUACUCGUGUAAUAUUAAUAGUCAUGAAUAUCAAUUAUUAUGAGGCGGUGUAGGCAAGCGGAGGGAGGAAGGGGCGCCUGAGCAGUCUGAGCCCAGCUUCGGGUGGAAGAGGACUGUUUCUGGAGCCCCAAAGAACCCUGCAGAAGAAAAGAGGCCAAAAAGACAAUGUUAGUCCACACCUAUUCAUCCAUGGACCGGCACGAUGGCGUCCCAAGCCAUAGCUCGAGACUCUCUCAACUGGGCUCUGUGUCCCAAGGACCCUACUCAAGCGCCCCGCCGCUGUCCCACACGCCAUCAUCGGACUUCCAGCCACCCUACUUUCCGCCCCCCUACCAGCCGCUACCCUACCACCAGAGUCAAGACCCGUACUCCCACGUCAACGAUCCCUACUCCCUGAACCCUCUGCAUCAGCCCCAGCAGCACCCGUGGGGGCAACGGCAACGCCAAGAAGUGGGCUCAGAAGCCGGCUCUCUCCUGCCCCAGCCCCGGGCAGCCUUGCCCCAGCUCUCCGGCCUUGAUCCCCGAAGGGACUACCACUCUGUCCGCCGGCCGGACGUGCUGCUGCAUUCCGCACAUCACGGCCUGGACGCCGGCAUGGGCGACAGCCUCUCGUUGCACGGCCUUGGGCAUCCCGGCAUGGAAGACGUGCAGUCAGUUGAAGAUGCCAAUAACAGCGGCAUGAACCUAUUGGACCAGUCAGUCAUUAAAAAAGUUCCUGUCCCUCCCAAAUCUGUGACUUCUCUAAUGAUGAAUAAAGAUGGCUUCUUGGGAGGAAUGUCAGUCAACACCGGCGAGGUAUUUUGCUCAGUCCCGGGCCGUUUAUCUCUACUCAGUUCAACUUCAAAGUACAAAGUCACUGUGGGCGAAGUUCAGAGAAGGCUCUCGCCCCCUGAAUGCCUCAAUGCAUCUCUCCUGGGCGGCGUCCUCAGAAGAGCCAAAUCGAAAAAUGGGGGGAGAUCCUUGAGAGAAAGGCUAGAAAAAAUCGGUUUGAAUUUACCCGCGGGCAGGCGCAAAGCAGCAAAUGUCACGUUACUCACCUCACUGGUAGAAGGGGAAGCUGUUCACUUAGCUCGGGAUUUCGGGUAUAUUUGUGAAACAGAGUUUCCUGCUAAAGCCGUGUCCGAGUAUUUGAACAGACAGCACACGGACCCCAGUGACCUGCACUCCAGAAAGAAUAUGCUGCUGGCCACCAAGCAACUUUGUAAAGAAUUUACGGAUCUGCUGGCUCAGGACCGGACACCGAUCGGAAACAGCAGGCCCAGCCCCAUCCUGGAGCCGGGCAUCCAAAGCUGUCUCACGCACUUCAGUCUCAUCACGCACGGCUUCGGUGCCCCGGCCAUUUGCGCUGCGCUCACGGCCCUGCAGAACUAUCUCACCGAGGCGCUCAAAGGCAUGGACAAGAUGUUCUUGAACAACACCACUAACAGGCACACGUCUGGGGAAGGCCCAGCUUUACCCGCAUGGUUUAUGAGCUUCUUCAAGGAAGAUUUGGGCUUCCUACACAAUCUAUAAGGUACUGAGAAACAACAGCAACAACCUGAUCCUUUUUAAAGUUAAAGCCUGCCUGUCAGAUUCGGCAGGUUUUACUUCUUUAAAGAAGCUCAAAGAGAAUCAUUUAGGAAGUGGCCAGUGUUGGGGGGAGCGGCUUUGGAUUUCUUGCUAACACACCUCAACGCAGGAAUUCCAGCAGGGGCGGGACACUGCAGAAUGCAUUUUAAGGGAGUCGAGUAAGGUAUCUUGGCUUUGGGACCUAUAUUGUAAUGGUAUUGUCUUUACUGGAAAAAUGGAUUCCAUUUCCUUGGGCUCUUUGGGGACUGGAUGUUUUAAUGGGGGAAAGAAGUAGUUUUGCUGAGUGAUUGGGGAAGACAGUCUAUAAACUACCAUGACUCUGCUUUAUGAAUGAAACAGUUUUCCUUCUCAGACACACAGGUAUUUUGGCAUAAAAUGGUACACACACACACACACACACACACACACACACACACACACACACCAGAAACACAAGGCAAAGGGAACGAGAUUGUAUUUCAACUUUGAAUUCCUGUCUUGAUUUAUUGGGAAUAUUCCUAAUGGAUGAAGUUCCAUGAAUUUAAUGUAUCUCUCUUCUCUUAGUCCAACUUUUUACUGUACCCCAUCUUAAUAUUACCACGAAGUAAAACCGGCACCUUUAGCAAGUUCAAGGAGUAGAGUAUUUGAUUGGUGCACACAUUUAGUUUGGGUACACUUAUUUUUUUUCACCUACCUAGACGGGAACUUUAUAAAAUCCAUUAGGAUAUAUGUUCAGAUGUUUUCUGUGAUUUACACAGUCCCUUCCCCCAGUAGUCUGGACUCUCAGUAUUCCUAUCUUUUUCAAUCCACUUUGAAGCAAGGGAAGGGGUUGAAGUUUUAGGGACCCUCUGAGGGAAUCGCUCAAAGGAUGAAGGUUGUAAACAAAAAUUGAGGUCAGGCAACAUCUCUGCUCCUAUCUCUAGCUGCUUCUGAGCCCCAUAGGUUUCCAGGACACAGCCCUAGACGAGGCUGAAAGGAGUAGAAAGGGCAGGAAAAAAUACAUGUGUGAACUAUAGAUUCUCAUCUUUCCUCAGUUUAGAAGCCCACCCCAUUUGUCCAAGAACCUGGACGCUUGCAUUAGUUGAAUUCUGAUUGCACGAAGCCAGCAGAAAACACAUUGAAAAACAUCGUCUCCUUUCCUUGCAGGGCAACGCGCCCCACGCGUGUGACAUCGAGAGACGCGAUGGAUGCGCCUUGCUCUUACUGUGCAGGUCCUGGGAACAUGUGGGCCACUGAAGCCCAGUGGUGUUGAGGACAUAGAAUCAGCAGCUGCUGAGGGCGCGAGCCGUACAGGCCCUUCUUGCUCUCGGCCUCACCCUAAGGGCUAAGGCAGCCGCGAAGGGCCGGUUCCCGAGUAGGUAAAGGGGCGGCGCCCCACUGGCUGCUGCGGGGGAGGGAUGCCAGAGCUCUGUAAAGCCAUUUUGCCGCAAGCGGUCACUAGGGGCUCUACUCUCAGAGACCUUGUAGCUUGGAAAAGUCCAUGGAAUUUGAAACUUCCAUGUGUUCUUUAUUGCCAGGAAGUGUGGACAUUUUUUUUAAUUGCCUGAAGUGUGGACAUGAAAUAAGAACUGUCAUUCUUGGGUAGGUAGGCUCCCUUAGAUGCCCUGAUGUUCCUGUGAGCAUCAGCGAAGGGGCAGCUAGAUAGACCUGGCUUGAGGCUUCCCUCCCCCAUCUCCGGGGUUGUCUUCUGUUUCUGUUCUUUUUCUCUCUCUUCACGUCGGACCUUUCGCCCCCAUGCUUUCCUUAGCCAAGCCGGCUACAUUUAUCUGAUAAUUGAGUUAUUAAAAGAUUUGGUUUCCUUGGAUUUAUAAAUCAAUAAACAGUAGGAUUAACGCAAGAGUUUGCCUUUUAAGUCAAGGAAAAACGUUUAAGGCCAGGCCCUUUGAGUUUUGUUUUCAAACCAAACAGGUGAGUUACAGUCCUAUACUCUCCCCUGCACUCUGUAGAUGGCUUAUCUUAUCUAGGCCCGCUCCCACCACCCCCAAGCCCUACCAAAUGCCGGGGGUCCAAAACCAAAUAGCUAAAGACUGAAGCGUAGGCCGGUGACUGCUGGAGUUCCCCCAAGGUCCUUGGAGCCCCUUCUUUUUGAAUCAAGCAUCCUCCUACUUUUAUUCUGAGUCUCAUGGAGUUUGUUCCUAGGUGAGGAUUCCCUCUCCAGAGACCUUUAAUUUUCAUCCCAACUACGAAGUAACUUUCUUUUCUUCUUUUCACCAACUUAUCUUGCCCCCCCCCACUUCCUCACUUCCCCACUUACCUGCCCAAAACCUACUCCUUCUUCCAUAGCUUUCUCCACCCCCAUAUAAAGAGCUCAACGGGCUUUUGAAGAUCCGACCUUUGUUGGCCUUGGCCAGGAACUUUCUCUUAAGCAAUUAUUUCAUAACCUUUGAAAACUGGUCGAAUGGGAAACCCCAACCUUCCAACUUUUCUACACACUUCGUUCAUGGUUACAAGACCCCUCCCUAUUUAGAGUAUUGAUAGAAAAUUCAUCGCCAUACCUGAUAUCCUGUACUUGUAAUACAUUCUGUGGGAAGGAACUGAUGACCUCAAACCAUCAGACUCUGCCUCAAGUGCUCAGAGAAACAAGAGCUUCCCUCCUUUGCUGAUAUACAUUAAAUUAUUGGUAAAAGAAAAAAAAACCAGAAGUAUUGGAUUGUUUUCUUAAAACAAAACAAAACAAAAACCCAAAAAACACAAAAAAACAACAAAAACAACGGGGUGAACACCAUUUCUUCUUUAAUGCCAAAACCGUUUCUCCUUUUGAGUUGGCCUUUAAUUCAGUACCAUUUGUUUUGACCACCCAGUCAAGAGGUAACAACUGCCUCUUCUCGAGGGCACUCUGGAGGGUAUCUGUGUUAAGUUUGUAUAUAUUUAUUUAUGCUUAAUUUAAUGGGAAUGUGUAAAUAUGAUGAGCAAGUAGUUUGGGAUUAUUUAUCUGUGACUCUAUACCUCUGUGAAUGGGUGGUUUAAAAGAAAAAAAGAACCGCUUGACCCUAGCUAGAAUCCUAUUUGAAUUCUUCUGUUCUUUAUAGACAAGCUGUUAUGGUAUUGGGUAGAAAUUGGUUUAUUGUCCAGUGUUAAUCUGAUUUACAUAAAUAAAAAAGAUUGUUGUGUUUUU